AUGAAGAGCAAAAGCAGAAAACUGCACUUGAGGCUGGCAAUUCACAAGUUCGCUCUGCUGGAGACCUUGCUGACCGCAUUCUACGACGAAUUUUCGAGGUCCAGGCGGUACAAAGUUCCUCUCACCUUCGGAAUCAGCGUGCUGUGCUUCCUCGUCGGUCAGCCCUGCGUCACACAGAAUGGGCAAUACGCCCUGAAUCUUAUGGACACCUACGAUGGAGGAGGCGCUGUUCUGUUUAUCGCCAUUUGUGAAAUCGUCGGGCUCAUGUGGUUUUGCGGUGUGAACCGCUUUUGCGCCGAUCUGAAGCUCAUGCUGGGGCACGACAUCGGCUGGUACUGGAAGGCAAGCUGGCUCGUCUUCUCGCCCUGCAUCCUCGGGUUUUUGUUCAUCUACGGUCUCGUCAAGAACAAGCCAAUCAUGUACGACGACAUCGUGUCCUACCCGACGUGGGCCGACGGCAUCGGCUGGCUCCUGGCCAUGCUGUCCAUGGCACAGAUCCCCAUCUGGGGCACAAUCAUGCUGCUCAAGAACUGGAAGAAUCCCAGAAAGGCAUUCCAGCCAGAGCGAAAGUGGGGCCCCGGAGACCCCGUCGAGAUGCAGCUCUACCACGCCCAUAACGGCGGUGUGACGAACCUCGGCUUCCAUGGCAGCGACACCUACCGCUACUGAUGAACCAAAGACGUCCUUCGUAUGCCACUAGCACGCUCCCACUAAUGCGGCACUGGCUGCGGCAAUAACCAUAUAGGCUGAAACACGCGACGUCUAUUUUUAAGCUGGGCUCCCGACACGGUACAGUUUUGCCACACAGCGAUAAUCUUCGACAUUCUUGUGUAAUGAUGAAGAUUAUCACAUUCACGACUGCGGUAAGGUUAUUACCAGAAACGCCAGUUUCGUAAUUCGUGCGUUCUGUAUAGCGUUCCUGGCACUAAAAAGCACCGGGUUCGCAGCGCUCAAUUGAUUUUACACACCCACCAGAUUUAUUAGAAUAUUGGAUCCGAGAAAUCGCAUUUGAUUUCAUUAUCUCAGCACGUUCGAACAAUACGAGAGACUAUUGUCAUGCAGUAGCGUUCCUGGCACAAAGGUAGUGAGCACUGAGUGCGCAUCAUCAAAGUAUUACCACAUGCUCACAAAGCAUUCCUUAAGAAAAAUAGCAGUCGCAGUAUUAAUGCGCAUUACUAAUGAAGAUUGCCACUGUGUGACAAAAUUGCUCCCGAACGAAGGUGUAAUUUAUAAGAGCGAAGGAAACGGUAAUCGGAAAGACAUGUAAUCAUCACCACUGUCACAAUGUUGCUCACAUCGGAUGUUGCACCGAUAUCAUUCACAAAAGCUCACACAUUCAUUGAAGGCGACGUGAGAGACUGUGUUUGUGUAACAAAACUCUGACGAACACGUGGCAUGUUCGUAAUUGUCUGUCGCGGGCUUUCUGUACAUAGUCUACAGAACGACAUAGUGUGCACUUGUCUGAAGUGUAGAGCACCUCCGUGAGGUGUUCCACGUUAAGCAGAAAAGAGAGGAAGAGGUGCGGCGAUUCCGUCCCUAUAGUGUACCUGAAUUCACGGUAAAUGCACUUCGCUUCACGUUGAUUUUAACGGCCAAGUAGCGUGCGAGUCUUUUGUCGGGGUCCCACUCUCAAAGCCCAUCAUGUGCGACUCCGGACGC